AUGAAUUUUAAACGUUACACCUGCUUUCUUGCGUUCUUUGCCACUUUCCUCUUGACAAUCAAUGGUCUCCCAGUUCCCGAUGUUGGUCUAUCCACAGGUGGUUUACCAACGAAUGGCGCAACGAAUACGGGUGGCGUAACGGAUGCUCUGAAACCCGUAACGGGUACUUUGGGUACCGUACCGGGUACUUUGGGUGGCGCAACGGGUGGUUCAACGGGUGGUGCAACGGCUCCCUUAACGAAUGCUGUGAGUGGCUCAACGGGUGGUCUAACGAAUGCUCUGAAUACUGUUCACAAUAAAAAAUGGUAA